GGAUUCGACGAACUAUUUUGAUUACACUGAAUAUCACAACCGUAAUUUAUUUAUGUAUUCCACCGAUAGGCUAGUACUAAACAACUGACGAUCAACGGAAAUAACGUCUAUUGGUGUAUUUCUGGUAAAACAUUUGAGAGACAAGGUUAGUAGUGUUAAAUAAUGAAGUCAAGGAGCGAGGAGCAGAUUCAUGAAGAACCACAAUCAAUCAAGGAUGUUUCGGACAUUAUUGGAGGAUAUGGCCCCUGGCAACGAGCUAUUUUUCUUAUUAUUAUAUUUUUUGGGUUUCCAUCUGCCUGGCAUAAUUUGUCGAUAACGUUUUUAGCUCCAGAUAUUAGCCACUGGUGUUCUCCUCCGGAUCCUCUACUAAACUACAGCACAGACUCCUGGAAAGAUCUUGCCAUACCAAAAGAUGAAAGCUUUGGAGGAGAAAGUUAUAGCUCAUGUGAAAUGUACAAAAUUUACAGAAAUCUAUCAUCUCUAACAGUCGAUCGAAAUCAAACCGUUCCGUGUAAAACAUGGCAAUAUGAUCAUUCAUUCUACUCUUCUACUGUCAUAGAGAAAUGGAAUCUCGUCUGUGGGCGAUCUUGGUUGAAAUCCAUGAGUCAAUCCGUUUACAUGGCUGGCUAUCUCACUGGUUGUCUUCUUUUGGGGCAACUUUCAGAUAGCUUUGGAAGACGACCAAUCAUGCUCCUCGGUUUGGUGAUCCUUUUAAUCUCUGGGAUUGUUUGCGCUUUUUCUCCUUACUUCUGGUUGUUUACAGUAACUCGCUUUCUAACAGCCGUAGGGAGGUGUGGAAUGUUUGUAACAGGAUUUGUCCUCCUGUUGGAAGUUGUUGGACCUGAGUGGCGACCUGUUUUAGGAGUAGCUCGUGAGAUCGGCUGGGCAGCAGGGUUCAUCACACUACCUGGGUUGGCCUGGUUACUACGUGACUGGUUUUAUCUCCAGCUGACUAUAUCUCUGUUGGUUGUUUUAUAUUUCGUGACGUACUGGAUUAUUCCUGAAUCACCGAGAUGGCUUCUUACCCACGACAGAGAUGAAGAAGCAAAAGCUAUCCUAACAGUAGCUUCAAGAAAAAACGGCUUUCACAAGCCCGUAGAAGAGUCUGUGAACAAACUGAAAGAUUUUCUCACAAAAGAUCUUGCAACAAGUAAAGUCAACCAAAAAGCUACUCUUCUUGACUUGUUUAAGACUCCAAACAUGAGGAAGAAAACGAUGAAUGUUUGUUUUAACUGGUUUGUCAACUCCUUCGUGUUUUACGGACUAUCCCUGAACACAGAAGACUUAGGAGGAAAUCUUUUCAUCAACUUCUCCAUAGCUGGAGCAGUGGAAUUUCCAGCUUACUUGUGUACCAUUGUUGCAAUUAAAAGAUUAGGAAGAAGAAUUCCUCUUAUGUCCGCAAUGGUGGCUGGAGGGAUAGCAUGUGCCUUAACAACACUAUUUCCUGAAUACUUGUGGGCUCGCGUGACUUUGGCGAUGUUUGGAAAAUUCUGCAUCACGUGCUCAUAUGCCAUUAUCUACGUAUUUAGUGCAGAACUUUAUCCUACUGUUGUGAGAAACGUUGGAGUUGGAUGUAGUUCGACCUGUGCUAGGAUUGGAGCAAUUAUUGCACCUUUUAUGAAAGAAGUAGGUGCAUUCAGCCAUCCAAGUGUUCCAUUUGGCAUUUUCGGGGGAUUUUCGGUCGCAGCAGGACUUUUAUGCUUGCUGCUUCCAGAAACUAACGAGAAAACCCUUCCUGAUACACUCCAACAAGGAGAAGAGUUUAAAAAAUGAUUCAAUAGUCCAAACCGCUUACGAAGAAUGUAUUGUCUUUUAUGUUUCUUUGAGCCUGAUUCGAGAGAAUGAUAGUGUUACGUAUUGAUUGACAUUGAAUCCUUGUAAAGAUAUUAGUCUUUAUAUGGUAUUUUCAACUUUUCAUUUCGCAACUGCACGAGAAGCAUAAUAAAUCCACCAAAAAUGUGAUAAAAUUUUGAAUAGAAAAAUACGCUAAAAAAUGUCGUCGGCGGAUUGGUGUCGUAAAACUACUAGGAUUGCACAUUCUAAUCUAUCUUGGUAUCGCAAAAAUACCCGUAGCUUAUACACACUAACCUGACUCAGUGUUACAAAGAAUACCAAUAUCACACACUUUAACCUAUUGCAGUGACAUAUAUCUUAAUUGUAAGAUACAGUCUAACCUGACUCAGUGUUAUAAAUAAUACCAAUAUCACACACUUUAACCUAUUGCAGU